CCAGUCAUCAGUACGAACGUCAGUAUGUACAACUAAGUACAAGUAAGUAGUUUGUUUUACUCAGGAUAAGCAGAAAAGCCUCAGGAGACACUUCAGCCUGGUUCACGUCUCUGCUGCCAUCAUGGAGAUUUCUGUGGCUCACCCUGUGAUUAAAGCCUUCAUGUGUGGUUCUCUGAGUGGAACCUGCUCCGCUCUGCUGUUCCAGCCGCUGGAUCUUGUGAAGACGCGUCUACAGACCAUACAGAAGAGUGUACAUCCUGGCUCAGGAAGCGUUGGCAUGGUAACCAUAUUACUCACUGUUGUGAGGACCGAGAAUCUGCUAGGUCUUUGGAAGGGAGUAUCACCUUCAUUUGUACGAUGUAUCCCCGGGGUGGGAAUCUACUUCAGCACGUACUACAGUGUGAAGCAGCGGUUCUUCGGUGACCGAGCGCCGCGUCCUGUGGAGGCUGUGCUGCUGGGUGCCGGAGCUCGGUGUGUAGCGGGAGUCUGCAUGCUGCCAGUUACAGUCAUCAAAACACGCUUCGAGAGCGGGCGUUAUAACUACAGCAGUGUAGUAGGAGCUCUGCGCAGUGUGUGUCAGGUGGAGGGGCCGAGAGCGCUGUUCUCCGGGCUCACCGCCACUUUGCUCCGAGAUGCUCCCUUCUCUGGGAUCUACCUUAUGUUCUACAGCCAGGCCAAGAACACACUGCCUCAUGAGAUAAGCGAGUCAGCGUACGCUCCACUGGCUAACUUCAGCUGUGGCGUCGGGGCCGGCGUGUCGGCCUCCCUGCUCACACAGCCUGCAGAUGUGGUGAAGACUCACAUGCAGGUGAAUCCUCAGCAGUUCAGAAGGAGCACAGACGUUCUCACCUACAUCUACAAGGAGCAGGGCUUGUCAGGGUUUUUCCGUGGUGCCGUGCCCCGCUGCCUCCGCAGGACGAUGAUGGCGGCGAUGGCGUGGACCGUGUACGAGCAGCUCAUGGCUCGAAUGGGCCUCAAAUCCUGAGAAAGAGAGACAGAAUCAGAAAUGAAGAAAAAACAGAUAAAAGAUGAACAGGGGAUUGGAGCAGAGGGUGAAACGGAGAGGAGACUGAAAUAUGAAGCCAUCGUUUGCUGAGGAUUCUGAGAGAGCGCAGGAGUCGGAGAACGAACGCUUCAGGUUCGGUAAACGCCUGGAAACUCCGUCGUCGUGUGAGGAGGAGGGAAAACGUUCUUCAGCUUUGCCAUUGUUCCUUUGUCUAAAGUCUGAACGUGCAAAAAGGUUUGAUUGAAUAAAGACAAGAAAAUGUGAACAAAAGCAAACUGUCAGAACAGCUUACGGCAGCUAUAAACGCUCUUUCCCUCAGCAGUCAGAACGCUGGAGCCUCCUUAGUAAAUGUUAUAAAUGUUAAACUCCUUCUGUUAAACUCUGACAGAAAGUUAAUGGAACAGCGUCUGGCCAAUCAGAAUUCAGAGAAUUCAUCGCUAGCGUAUUUGAUGUAGAACAGAGCUGUGAUGUGACAUUUCAGUCGUGUGUGUGUGUGUGUGUGUGUGUGUGUGUGUGUGUGUGUGUGUGUGUGUGUGUGUGUGUGUGUGUGUGUGUGUGUGUAUCAAUACAAGAAGAAAAUGUCUCAGGAUAAUAAUUUAUUCCUUUUAUUAUAACAUUGAAGUAAGUUAUAUUAAUAUAUUGAUUAUUUUUUUACACGUCCGCUUUCUAACCUGCUAAUAAAAGAUGAAUUAAUUUA